AUGAAAGAGGAGCUGCACCUGAAGCACUGCAAACACCUCCUCAGCACAUAUGUGCACUCACUCUGGACACCCUCACUCACCCUGACACCCUCACUCCUCACCCUGGAUUCCCUCACUCCUCACCCUGGACACCCUCACUCCUCACCCUGGACCCCUCACUCCUCACCCUGGACACCCUCACUCACCCUGGACACCCUCACUCACCCUGACACCCUCACUCACCCUGACACCCUCACUCACCCUGGACACCCUCACUCACCCUGGACACCCUCACUCUUCACCCUGGACACCCUCACUCCUCACCCUGGACACCCUCACUCACCCUGACACCCUCACUCACCCUGGACACGCUCAUUCACCCUCAUACCCUCACUCACCCCGACACCCUCACUCCUCACCCUGGACACCCUCACUCCUCACCCUGGAUUCCCUCACUCCUCACCCUGGACACCCUCACUUCUCACCCUGGACACCCUCACUUCUCGCCCUGGACACCCUCACUCCUCACCCUGGACACCCUCACUUCUCACCCUGGACACCCUCACUCACCCUGGAUACCCUCACUCCUCACCCUGA